AUGUCUUCUUAUAAUAACAAUAAUACUUCUUCUGAUAAUAUCAAUGAUUAUAACCAUCUUCGUAUCGAUGUCAAUACCAAAGAAAUCUUUAUUUCUUAUCCCCUUGCUGAGCAUCUCUGGGGUACUUAUCAUGGUGACUCUAGUACUAUUGAUAAGUUUCUUGUAAAAGUUAUUACAGAUUUUAUGUCUGAUACUGAUCCGGAUUACGAGUUCAACUUGUCAGGGUAUAAAUGGUUUAUUUACGAUAAUGAGUGCUUCGAAGGUCAUAACUUUGCCGAAGUCUUGGAUGCUUACUGGUUUGAGGAAGAUAUUCAGUUUGGUCAAUUUUUAAUUGACUAUAUUAUUACCGUUGACAUUAAUACCGUGUCUCGUCAUAAUACCGGUAUGGAUUGGGAGACCAAUUCUUCUUUAAAUAACUUUGACACUAUUCAGUUGGGAUUACAUUCGUUGUAG